AUGAAUAUUCAUGAGCGCUCCGCGUGCGCCGGAGCCGGCGGCGCUGCGGCCGCGUCGCCGCUGCCGGUGCUGCUGGCCAUGGACGGGGUCCUGGCCGAGUUCGAGGGCGCGGUGCUGCGGGAAUUCCGCGCCCGCUUCCCGGCGGAGCCGCGCCUGGAGCUGGCGGAGCGCCGCGGCUCCGCGGUGCGGGAGCAGUACCGCAGCCUGCGGGAGGAGCUGGCGGCCAAGGUAGCCAGUGUCUAUGAGUCACCUGGCUUCUUCCUAGACUUGGAUCCAAUCCCAGGAGCCCUGGAAGCUGUGCAGGAGAUGCUUCACAUGAAGGAUACUGAAGUCUUCAUUUGCACAAGCCCUCUCCGGAAAUACGAGCACUGCAUUGUGGAAAAGGUGGGAGAGAAUUUUCUCUGCAGGGUAGAGAAACACUUGGGACCGGAGUUUGUGGAGCGGAUUAUUCUGACCCGAGACAAGACCGUGGUGGCUGCUGACCUGCUGUUUGAUGACAAGGACACCAUCCAAGGCGCGGAGCCAAACCCGAGCUGGGAGCACAUCCUGUUCACCUGCUGCCACGACAGGCACGUCCAGCUGCCGGCCUGGCGCCGGCGCCUGCGCUCCUGGGCCGACGACUGGAAGGCCAUCCUAGAAAGCAAGCGCAGGCAGUAGGCCGGGAAGGGGAUGCUGUGCUCUUCCCACUGCCAGGAAACAACCAGCCCAGCCCCUGCCAUGCCCAGGAGGCUCUGUCACUGCAGGGAUCAGCCACAGAAACGAGCUGCUCCUGUCAGACAGUGCUCUGCGUUUCUGGAAGAUUGCUCUGCACUGUUCAUCUCCUUAGCGUUUUGGAUGUUUGCUGUUGGAGAAGAGAAACUAUAAACUACAAGCAGCUGUGGUUGGA